GUUCUAUACUACCUGUCAAUGACUGUCGAUCGUUGCUCUGCUGGCAGAUGACAUAAGAUGUCGUGGACCAACCAGCAGUGAGGUAUUCUCAGCAUUGUCCUACGAGUAUAUUGAAAGUCAUCCAUGAUACCGACCUAGGCAUCCACUCUGAACCACCUCCUCUUCCCCAACUCACACCACUCAUCGGAGCCAAAAUGAAAGAGCCUGCCCUGCCCAUCUUACCCUCCACUCCUCCUACCGCCAAUCCUUCUCCCCGCCCGCUGCGGUUCCUCGUCAUCGGUGCGGGAUCGCGGGGCAAUGCGUAUGGGCGGGCGGUGACCAGCUCCACCGCGGGGAUCAUCCACGCUGUCGCCGAACCCCAUCCCUUCAAGCGUCGCCAAUUCGGCCGCAACUACAUCUGGGGCACCAACGAUCACCCGCAAGAGGGGCAGGAGUUCGCUGACUGGCGCGACUGGCUCGCCUGGGAGGUCCGUCGUCGCGAGCUGGCCUCGAAUCCCAUCCGUCAAUCCUCACCUACUGGAGCCGCAGCAGCAGGAGGGGUGGACGGAGUCUUCAUCUGCACCCUCGACGAAACGCACGCGGAGAUCAUCCACGCCCUCGCCCCUCUCCGCCUGCACAUCCUGUGCGAGAAACCGCUGGCCCUCUCGCUGACCGACUGCCUCGGCGUCUACCGCGCCCUGCAACCCAACACCGCCACCUCCAUCUUCUCCAUCGGCCACGUCCUCCGCUACAGCCCGCACAACAUCCUCCUGCGGCGCCUCCUCCUCACCGACCGCGUCAUCGGCGACAUCGUGUCCCUGGAACACUGCGAGCCCGUGGGCUGGUGGCACUUCGCGCACAGCUACGUCCGCGGCAACUGGCGGCGCGCGACGCCCGCGGGCGACGGCUCGCUGCUGACCAAAUCGUGCCACGACAUCGAUUUCAUCCUGUGGCUCCUCGCCUCCCCGGUUGCCCCGACCAGCGCAAGCACCACAACACCCCUACCACCGCAGCCGCACCACCCCCGCACCAUCACCUCCACCGGCUCCCUGACCCAAUUCCGCCGGCACCGCAAACCCCGCGCCGCCGGCGCCGCGACCAACUGCCUCGCCUGCCCCGCCGAGCGGGACUGCAAGUACAGCGCCGUGCAGAUCUACCACGCGCGGCACGUGGCCCGCGGCGAGUUCGACUGGCCCGUCAACAUCGUGUGCCCGGACAUCGAGGACGUCGUGGCGCCGUACCUCGCGCCGUCGGAUGCAUCGUCCCCCGCAGACCAUCCCCCCAACACAACCCCAACCCCAACCCCCGACGCCAAAGCCAUAGCAGCAGCAUCCACACACCUCCUCGCGCGCCUCCGCGCCUCGCGCUCCCUCUCCCGGACAGAACCCGGCGGCCCCCCGUCCUACGGCCACUGCGUCUACGAAGCCGACAACAACGUCUGCGACGACCAAGUGGUGACGAUCACGUGGGCCGAUCAAACGGAUCAGUCGGACCCCUCCCACCAGCAGCAGCAGCAGCAGCAGCAGCAGCAGCAGCCAAUGACGGCCAAAACCGCCGUCUUCCACAUGAUCGCGCCGACGGAGAAGCAGUGCGAGCGGCGCGGCCGCGUGUACGGCACCGAGGGCGAGCUGGCGUACGACGGGCGGCGCAUCGAGUACUUCCGGUUCGCGACGGGGGAGACGACGCGCCGCGACGUGCCGAAGCAGCCGCCGGAGGAGGAGAGGGCGCACGGCGGCGGGGACUACGGGCUGGCGCGCGGGUUCGUGGCGGCCGUGGACGCGGUGGUCAACGGCGGGUGGGCGGCGGAGAAGGCCCAGGCGCGGUUCGUCGGGUGUACGCUGGAGGAGGCGGUGCGGAGCCACGCGGUGGUGUUUGCGGCGGAGGAGGCGCGGCGGGAGGAGAAGGUGGUCCAGUGGGCGGAGUGGUGGGCGGGGAAGUUGGCCGGUUCUUCGUGA